AUGUUAUUGCUACAAUAUAUUUAUUUAAAUAAAUUUUUAAUAUUUUCUUCUAUAAUUUAUUUAAUUUAUUUAAAUAAUUGUGUUUAUUCAAUUUUUGAAUGUGCCCCAUCCGAAACAGCAACUUUCGUCAGAAUUUCUCGUGCUCGUUUAGAUGGAACACCUUUAGUUGUUUCUACUGCAGGGCACGAUUUAACUUGUUCUCAAUAUUGUCGAAAUAAUAUAGAGCCGACAACUGGGGCUCAAAGAUUAUGUGCUUCUUUUAAUUUUGAUGGAAGGGAAACUUGCUAUUUUUUUGAUGAUGCUGCCGCUCCAUCAGCAGGCCAAGCAGAAUUAAAUCCAAAUCCAUCAGCUAAUAAUUUUUAUUACGAAAAGACUUGUUUGCCUGCAGUAAAUGCUCAUGAAGCAUGUACUUAUAGAUCAUUUUCUUUUGAAAGAAUAAGAAAGACUUCACUUGAGGGUUUUGUGAAGAAAAGUAUUCAAGUUGCAAGUCGCGAACAAUGUUUGAGUGCUUGUUUAAAAGAAAAAGAAUUUAUUUGUCGAUCAGUUAAUUAUAAUUAUGAUACUUAUGCUUGUGAAAUGAGUAUUGAAGAUAGACGAUCGAAACCAACACAUUUGAGAAUGACUGUAGACCAGCCUGUGGAUUAUUUUGAUAAUAAUUGUUUAAAUCGCCAAAAUCGUUGUAGCCAGCAAGGAGGAAAUUUGGUAUUUGUUAAGACAACACAAUUUGAAAUUAAAUAUUAUGAUCAUACACAAUCAGUAGAACCACAAGAAUCUAAUUGUUUACAAAAAUGUUUAGAUUCAUUAAAUACUUUUUGCCGUUCUGUAGAAUUUUCUCCAAACGAGAAAAAUUGUAUAGUUAGCGAUGAAGAUACUUUUUCGAGGGCUGAUCAACAAGGGGCUGUUCAAAAUAAAGAUUAUUAUGAACCUAUUUGUGUUUCUGCCGACCUAAGUUCAUCAACCUGCCGUCAACAAGCAGCAUUCAAUCGUUUUAUUGGCGUCUCUAUUGAAGGACAACCUGUAGCAACAGCUCAAGGAGUAACUAUUGCGGAUUGUGUUUCUCUUUGUUUCCAAAAUUUGAAUUGUAAAUCUCUCAACUUUGACCGUACACAAAGUACUUGCCAUAUAUUCGCUGUUGGACAAGCAAACGCUAAUGUUAAGAAGAAUCCUUCUGUUGACUUUUAUGAAUUUAAUUGUGAAUCCCAAUUUGGAGGAAUGGCACUUUGCACAAAUGAAGGAAUUAGAUUUAUAGUAAAUACAAAAGAGCCUUAUACUGGAGCUAUUUACGCAGCAGAAAAAUUCAGUACAUGCUCGCAAGUUGUUGAAAAUGCUAAACAAAUAUCUAUUACUUUCCCACCUCCAAAUAUUUCGCCCAAUUGUGGAACUACAAUUAAAGACGGAAAAUUGGAAGCUUUAGUUGUUGUCUCAUUAGACGGAGUUCUUCCACAUCAAGUCACCACAGAAUGGGAUCGUUUCUAUCGAGUAUCUUGUGAUGUCAGUAUGAAUUUGGAGAAAAUGUUGGAAAAGCGAGAACAGGGAAUUGAAGGGACCGUUUUGGUUACUACGAUAUUUGAGACUAAAGAAGUAGAACCACAAAUUCUCGACGCCGGCACUCCCCCUCCAAUUACGGCAACACUUUCAUUUUUGGACGCUGACGGUCAACCAUUACAACAGGCUUCAAUUGGAGAUCCAUUAUUUAUGGUUGUUAGUAGUGAACAAGCUGGACCACAUAAUAUGAUGCUGGCUGAAUGUACAGCAACAAGAGUUGGUGGGGAAGGAGAAGCUGUUCCCUUCACUAUUAUUGAUAAUGGAUGUCCACGUUACCCAGCUUUGUGCGGUCCAGUUGAGCAAGAUUUUGAGAAAAACAGACUAAAAGCAGACUAA